CGUCGCGCCGCACAACUCCGCCGCAUCCCGGAGAAACUCGAGCGACUCGGUGCCCUCCAGCAGCUGCGCGCGAGGAGGAGCUCGUAACCACGACGUCUCCCGGACUAUGCUCCGCAUUCCAGCCCAGCCAAGUUGAAGCCGUCCUGCUUUUUGGAGCACUUUCCCGCUGGAGCCCGCAGACAUGAGGCCGCUCGUCGCAUGGCUUCUUCUGCUCCAGGUGGCGCUGGGUGACUCCUGUGCCAGUGAGAAGUUCACGGAUGCAGGAGCGUGCUGCAGUCUGUGUCCCGCCGGCUUCGGAGUGGAGGUGGAGUGUGGGAGACAGGACACCGAGUGCAGACCCUGUCCACAAGGAACCUUCUCUGAAGGCCUCGGCCCCUGCCUCCCGUGCAGCAAGUGUUCGAGCAGCGCCCCCAUGGCGGCCGCCUGCACCGCCGCCGAGGACACGCAGUGUCGGUGCAAACCUGGGUCCUUCUUCUUGGCCCAGUCUGGCUGGUGCGCGUCCUGCUCCAAGUGCAACCGUGGCGAGGGGGCGGUGCGUCAGUGCGGCCUGCGGGGGGACGUUCAGUGCCGGGUCUGCGGUCCAGGAUCCUUCAUGGAGGAGCACAGGCACAGCAAACCCUGCCAAACCUGCACGCAGUGUUCUGACAGCGAGGUGGAGAUCCGCGCCUGCAUGGCCAACUCCGACACUCUCUGCAUGGACAAAAAGCUACACAUCCUGUCCCGCCCGGCGGAGGCUGACGGAUCCCGGGACUCUUCUCGCUGGCCCGUUACAGAGGAGUACCCCGCACCAGGAACCCCAAAGUUCACUCCGCAGGACGAAGGCGGCGGCGGCAACAACAACAUCCUGCUUUACGUGUCGGUGCUGGCAGCCGUGGUUCUGGGCCUGCUCGUCUACGUGGCUUACAAAUGCUGGAGAUCGUGUAAACAGAAGAAGGCCCUGUCCAAGGCCCGCGCCGCCGAGCUGGGAGCCUCUCCAGAAGGCGAGAAGCUGCAGAGUGACAGCGGCGUUUUCCUGGACUCGCACAGCGUCCAAGACAGUCAGCUGAACAAAGGCACCAAGAGGGACAGCAAGCUGGACAACCGUCUCUACGUCAACUUGGCUGUGAGCAGGCAGCAGGAGGUGGAGGCUCUGCUGCAGGACGACGCCAGCCCAGGAUGGAGGCAGCUGGGAGCAGCCUUUGGCUACCAGCCGGAGCAGCUGGAUCUGUUUGGGCGGGGAGAGGCGCCAGCGCACACCCUCCUCUCAAACUGGGCCCAGAAGGAGGGCUCCACUCUGGGACUGCUGUGUUCUGCCUUGGCCCGGAUGGAGAGGUCCGACGUGGUGACAGUCCUCUACAGCCCGAUGCAGGGGGUCUCUGUGGUCUGAGGAGAGGGGCCCACGCCGCCUCCCCUCCCUUCUGGACUCGUGAAUUUUGUGGUGCCCGAACUGGUGGCACACUCAGACUGACUCGUUGACAAGCGGCCGCCGUCUUCAACUCCUCCCUCAACCACGUGGACCUGAACUCUCCACGUGAAGACUUUGCCUGGAGCUAAACGUCCGCCAGGGGGCGCUCAAACGCUCCUUUGUCUCGUGCUGAUUCCGGACUUCAGCAGGCGCCUGGACGCGACCCUGAGAAGUUUGAUCGUGAGCGCCUCCUUUCCACAGCCAUCCGGCCCAAUGUUAGCAUGAGUUUGGGGGCUCCUGUCCCGCGGAGGGACUGGUUCCUCGCUUCUGCCGGUCGGCUCGACUGAACGGCGACGGCGAGCUCGGCCUCUCCUCCUGACAGUUUCAUGGCUGGCCACAACUGUAAGCUAGCGCGUGGAUUCAAACUAGCUGGAAGGUCACUCCGGCAAUUGUUCGGCUGUGAGUGGCGAGGAACACGUCUGAUCUGUCCCAGAGACCGCUUUCCCCACGUAUUCAAUCAGUUCUCUGCGUCACUUUACGGCCCCGCUCACGUGAUCCUGGGGUCACUUCCCGCCAGCGUCUACAUCAUCACCACAUGAGGCCGCUGUGCCAGCGUGGUCCUACUAAGACGCUCUUGUGUAUAUACUCCCGAAUCCUUUCGUGUAGGACUUUAUUAUAAUGAAUAAAUGAGUUGCAACAGAAUUGCUAAUGAUCUGUCUGUGUGAUGCUAACUAUCUUAUGGCCA